AUGAGAAGACAGCGUGUAUUCACAGGCCCAUUUUUUGUCCAACAUACCUCCAAUUGUCUUUUUGCUUAUCCGUUUAUUGCUGAAUUUCUGGCCCGUCGGUUUCAGCGUUCCCCACCGGGCCGGUUGCGAUUGCCCAAGGAGCAAACGACAAAUAAUUCGUACACCUCCGGUUCGUCAGGAUCUUCUUCGUCGCUGCAGCGUAAGUAUGAUGUUGGGGUGUUUGAGAAUACGUCUGGGAUGCCCAUCGGCGAGGUGGAGGAAGGCCGCCGUGGGUUUCUUGGAUUUGGACGUCGUGCCGGUCGCACCAUGCCGGUAAAUCCUCUUUCCGUUUUACGUUCACGGGAAACGGACUCGAAAGAGGACCGAAGUACAAGUCUUUUUCUUCAGGCUGUUCGGAUGCUGAGCGGAAAGCGUCGUAGCCGUGAUGUACGUCUGACACUUCAACUUACACCUGAGCAGCAGCAAGACAUUGUUAACCGCUAUGCCAGGACGCGGUGGUACAGUUUUAUUUGGUAUCCUUUCCGCAAUGUGACAGAGCGCCAAUUUAAAUGGUGGCGUCGAUUUGCCCAUUUUACACUUCUUAUCGUUGCUUUGUUCGGUCUGGCUGUUGCGUUGGCGCUGUAUUACCGUGAGGUGGAGACUGUUCUGCGACUGAGUCCUGAGGAUCGCCGUGACUAUCAAAAGAUGGUCACUGGUAUGCGCUAUAGUGAAAUUUACCGUCUUUCCAUGGAGGUUUUUCAGAAGGAAGACCCUCUUGAGGCGCUGCCAGCGCCGGCGCGGUAUCACCUUCUUAUUGAGGCGGCGCGGAAAAAGGGUUGGCAUCGGGUUGACUGGGAGCUUGAGUCCCGUACCCGCUACCCACGCUCAUCACUCGAGGAAAUGGACUUUAUUCACCUUUUCUACUGGUCAAUAAUGUACAUUGGCUCCCUAGUCACGGGAGGCGGGGAGUUGUUUUCAGAUCGAUUUGGUGACCUCAUGGAAGUGCAGGAGACGCAUCGACGUCGUGAAAUGGAGGCAAACUUUGUGGAGCACGGACCAGAGCCGCCAGCAAUAUGCAUCGGCGAAAAAGAAGGAGGAAAGUCCGCAUAG